AUGAAGUUCUCAAAGCAGCUCAUGUACAAUGCAGUUGCAGAGUGGCGGGAGCACUAUCUUGAUUAUAGCGAGUUGAAAAAAUAUAUCUCCCGACUGGGCAGUGUGCGACAGCAGCUCCGCAAGUACGGGGCCGGUGAUCCCGCCAUGAGCUGUUCACCGCUUCGUGAAGUUACGCUAGCUAUAUGGAUUCGUGGAGACGCGGUCUGUGGACGGGGUGCUUCGUCUUCCACUGCUUCGGUGUCGAGUCCGCCCCCAGAGGAGGAAAUUGAAGUGGAUACGCUACAUGCGAGAGCGACAGCAAGAAUAGCCCCGCUCCGUUCCCCUGUGGAACACGGUUCCUGGGGUGCGGAGGCAGUAGCAUUAGCACCAGAAACAGCUGAUGGCGCUGGUGCUGCACCCCAUGCUCAGACGGACGCUAAAUUCGAGCGUCUUCCUUCAGACGCGGCCAGCGCGCCAAGCACAGGACUCGAACACCACGCGACAGAGCAGGAGCGAGCCCGUCUGGCCCGCGUGUCGGUUAUCUCUGCUGGCUCGGAGGAUAUCGAGCAGCGCACGCGGGCUAGUGUGUGGAUGCACGCCAUUGGAAACGAGAAACAGGUGUCGGGCGGGAUAUCUGCGCAAGCGAGCACCGCAGUGGAACCUCGGUCUGCUUCACCGGGCGAUUGCAGCGAAUCUGCACGGGGAGCAACCAGAAUGCCCUCGGGGGUAUCGCAGGUCUCAGAAUCGCCUGGAUGGGUGGAGGAUCACGCGGAACGUUUGCGGGUCGCGGACAUGGCAUCCUCCGGGGGCGCUAGCGCCGCAAAUGACAGCAGGACUCGCAACCGCAACACCGUUACCAAGAACGAUAACGAUAAUGACGAUCAUGAUGAUGAUGAUGAUGAAAGCGAUGACGACGACGACGACGACGACGACCACAUUGGUGACCCGGGUGGCAACGCGUUGCGUUCACAGCACAGCUUCUCGGUUACGGGAUGCGUACCUGAUUCUCUGAGAGGUUUCCCGAGCGCUGGAGAAAAUGCAGGGCACCGCGACGCACCGUGCCCAGCCGCACGCGUACCUCUGAAUGGUGCGCAGACGGCACCUGCGGAAGACGAGGCUGCGUCGCCGAGUGUUCAUCAAGAUGCUCACGCAGCGGGAACAGCACGAGCAGCAGAUGCACACGUUACUGCGUUGAAUCUAACGCCAGCGAUGCAUACGGAUACUUAUCCACGACCGUUAGCAUCGCCAUUGGCCAGCACGGGGGACACCAGCGCUGCUGCGAUCGAGCGUCGCGAGAGUCGUAGCGCUCGACUGGCUCCAGCGCUCCGGAAAACGGCCAGUGCGAAUGUGCUCUACGAACUAGAGCACGGUGCACCGCGUCAUGCACCCAGCGACUAUUUUGCGGCGGCGCCUGAGCGGUCCGCCAAUGCCUGCUCGUCCGCAGCACCGCCACCGCUGCAACUCGCGAGGCCGCUUCCGGGCGCCGCACUGCGAGAAGACGCUUCCGCUAGACGCGAUGCACCAGGCACGAGUCCGCGAACGUCUGUUGGCUCUGACAGGGCGUCGCCAGCGUGCUACCCAGCAUCGGCUGUACGGAGCAAGCCCGUGCACGAGCGCACCCCGCUCCUGGGGGAAAUCAUUCCACCCAGAACACCUCCUGCACAGGAUCGUAACGAGACGCCUCCGGGAGCUUGCUGCAAUAAGAGGCCACCGUCUCGUUUUCAAACCGCCGAGACGACUCAUACACUGGCAUACUCGAGCCCGCUCGCAGCGCCCGUAGUCGCAGUGCCGCAACGAUCCACACUUGCGUCUCGGAACCCGACGAUGAGAGCGCAGCCUUGGAACGGUGCGCUACCCAGCACACCGCUCAUGUCGAGCGAGCAAUGGGCUCAAUCGCAUCGGGAGGCCUUUUGGCGAAUGGAACGUCGCUUCUUCGAGCGCCUCCAUAUCGAAGCUGUCAAGGUAGACGCUUUCUUUUGCGCCAUGGAGCGAGAGCUCGAGCGCAUCUCGCAAGCGCUCGCCGUCGAUGCCGAGGCCUCCCUGCGACGUCAAGACCAGCAGCGACUCGCGCUCCUCCGUCAACGGUAUCGAGAGCACUACGUCGAAAUCAUGGAACUGGUGAAUUUUAUCGAACUGAAUGCAACCGGCUUCGAAAAGAUCUUGAAAAAGCAUGACAAGGUGACAGGACUACAGACAAAGGCUGUUUUUCAGCGGCAAGUUCUCCAAACGUUUACAUUCUACCAGGCAGCACAGCAAACCAGACAAACGGAUACUCAUGAUGAUGAUGAUUUUGAUGAAGAAGAUGAUCAUCAUGCGGGUAAUGGUGCACCGACGUCGUCCGGUCACUAG